GAAUCGGAUGAUUUCAGUUGUGCAAGUUUGAACCUGAGCAGUUUACACAUAGAACAAUUCAAGACCAAGGCUUUCCCAUCAUGUCUUUAAGAAGGUUUAGGAGAACUCCUAAAAUACUCCAGGAUGUGAACAUGGUGACGGAGGAGCUGAAGAACCUUUACUACAAAAGGUUACUACCCAUCGAGAAAUACUACGCUUUCCAUCACUAUCACUCGCCGAGCUAUGAGGAUGCAGAUUUUGACAACAAGCCAAUGGUGUUGGUGAUGGGUCAGUACUCGACGGGAAAGACAACUUUCAUCAGGUAUCUCAUAGAGCAGGACUUUCCUGGUAGCAGAGUGGGACCAGAGCCAACCACUGACUGCUUCACUGCCCUCAUGUAUGGACCAGGGGAGAAAAUCAUCCCCGGGAAUGCCCUCACAAUGGACCCCAAAAAGCCCUUUCGCCACCUGGACCCAUUUGGAAAUUCAUUUCUCAACAGGUUUAAGUGUGUCCAGAUGCCAAAUAAAGUCCUUGAAAACAUCAGCAUAAUCGACACUCCAGGCAUCCUGACAGCUGCAAAACGAAAACUGAGCCGAGGCUACGACUUCCAAGCAGUCCUGCGCUGGUUUGCAGAGCGUGUGGAUCGGAUCAUCCUGCUGUUUGAUGCACAUAAACUAGAGUUCUCGGAUGAACUCACCCACGCUUUCGGGGCUCUUUGCGGCUACGAGGACAAGCUGCGUGUGGUUCUCAACAAAGCAGACAGUGUGGACUCUCAACAGCUUAUGAGGGUGUAUGGCGCCCUCAUGUGGUCAUUGGGGAAAGUGUUUCAAACCCCUGAGAUUUUGCGGGUUUAUAUUGGAUCUUUAUGGUCGCAGCCCAGACAGAAAUGUGACCACUUUCAGCUCAUAGAGCUGGAGGAGGAGGACUUACUGAAGGACAUAAGGAAUCUGCCGCACAAUGCUAAAGUGCGUAAGCUGAACGAUCUGGUUAAGAGGGCACGCUUAGUGAGGGCUCACGCACAUAUUAUCAGUUAUCUGAAGCAAGAAAUGCCAACAUUUUUUAGUAAAGAAAACAAGAGGGACAAUCUUAUCUACGAGCUCCCUGCAAUCUUCACCAAGAUCCAGCAACAGCAUCAAGUUCCAGCUGGUGACUUCCCUGACUGCACCAAGAUGCAGGAAAAACUAUUGGGUCAGGACUUCUCAAAGUUCAAGACACUGAAACCAAGUCUAAUGUCUUCCUUGGACCAACUGCUCACCACUGACAUAGCCAGCUUGAUUCCUUUGCUCCAACAACAAGAAGAAAGGAAAAAAUCCCUGCCUGGCAUGUUGGAUGGAGAGUUUUUGGGGACAUUUAGACGUGAGUACUUCAAAAAAGACCCAUUUCAGGAACUUCCAAGAGAUGAUGACAGCAGCGAGAUGUACUCUGAUGAGUGGGUUGUGGAGAAAUGGAAGCCGAAAUAUGAUGAGAUAUUCUACAGUCUAAGUCCACGCGAAGGGAAACUUAGUGGAACCAAAGUCAAAGAGUGGAUGACUACCACCCUCCUCCCCAACUCUGUUCUUGCUCACAUCUGGAGGUUGUCUGAUGUAGAUGGGGAUGGCAUGCUGGACAACGAGGAGUUUGCUUUAGCGGUACACCUCAUUGAGGGAAAACUGGAGGGAUACUGGCUUCCCAGAGAGCUUCCUUCCCAUUUGGUGCCACCAUCAAAACGACCAAGUUCAGAGAGUGAAGCACCAGAGUAGAUCUUUAAACUGAAGGAGAGGCCAACUACCCUUCCCUCCAUUUCUUUAUCCAUUCAUCCAUCUAUCCAUCUCGUCAUUCCUCCUUUUAUGUAUCCAUCCAUCCACCUACUCUUCCCUCCAUUUAUGCAUUCAUUCAUCCAUUUAUCUCCCCAUUUAUAUAUCCAUUUAUCCAUCCAUCCAGUUAUCCAUCCAGUUAUCCAUCCAUUCAUUCAUCUAGCCAGAUUCAGAUUGAUUUUAUUGUCCCUGACAGGAUUUACCAUGUUCAGAUUUACCAUCCAUCCCUCCAUUUAAGUAUCCAUCCACGAUCCAUCAUCCAUUCAUUCAUCUAUUCAUCUGUCAAUUCAUUCAUCCAUUAAUUUAUGCACCCAGCCAUCCUUUGGUCCAUCUAUCUAUCCAUUACAAAUGGACAGACAUAAACCCAAACUUUCAGCUGAAAAUUACUUAAAAUUUGUACAAAAUAAUAUUAACAUUAACUUAUCCAGCUUGAUAUUUUAUUUAACAGUAUUAACCCUGUAACAAUGGUAAUCGCUAUAAAUUAAAAGCAUUUAAUGUGAUCAAUAAUGUGCAGCAUCUGCUACAUUGCUUAACUUUCCACUUACUUACCAAGAUG